AUGCCUGGACGAAAAGUUCGUAUGAGCUCAUGCUCAUCGUUAUUCAUCAUUGGUACAUCACUGACGAACCCAACAUCAAAAACUAUGAAAGUGUCAGGAACAACAGGAACCAAACGACAUCAUCAUCACCAUCAUCAUCAUUCAGCGAAAGCGAACAAAACAGCAGCUGCAGUAGCAGCAGCAAUGGCUAACAAUGAAUCAAAAAAUCUGUCACCGGUCUUCUCGAGCAAAUCAAGAUCAAAUAAUAGCAAUGAUAAUGGUGGACUUAGUGCUUCAGCCAGUGCACACGCAGCAAUCGAGCGUGAUGUAACAACUUUAUCAAAUAUGAAUAAUUUACCAGCGCCAACUGCGUUGGAAGCAUUGCAAACUAGUAAUGAUAGAUUGAGAACGAUAAUUGCUGCUCUUCAUUGCAAUAUACUAAUAAGAAAACUGGAUCUUGUACGCAAUUUAGAAUAUAUUGCUAAUGUUCUUGAAGCUGUUCAACAAGAUGAAACUCGAAAAAAGCAGCGGCACUCUCCAAAAGUACCCGUACGCCGACGACUUAUGGAAGAAGAUGAUGGUGUACUAUCAGAAAUUGAACCAGACACUGUACCAAAUGAAGUACGGGAUUGGUUAACUAUGACAUUUACUCGAUCAAUGUCAACAUUAAAACGGCGUCCAUCAGACAAACCCAAAUUUCGAAGUGUGGCACAAGCAAUACGUGCUGGUAUUAUGGUUGACAGGAUUGUAAAAAAAUGGGCUCUAUGCACUAAAUUCAAGACAAUCAACGAAUGGACAUUUGAUGUAUUUUCUGUUAAUGAAUUUACAAAUGGUCAAUCUUUACGCUAUGUUGGCUUUGAACUAAUGCAACGUUAUAAUUUACCGAAUAAACUUCACAUUUCAAUGACUGCUCUACAAAGUUUUCUUGAACAAAUGGAAAAUGGCUACAGUAAAUACAAAAAUCCAUAUCAUAAUUUAAUACAUGCUGCUGAUGUUUUACAAACAACAUAUCAAAUCGUGUACAAUUCUGGUCUCAUGGUAGAGAAUUGGUUGACUGAUCAUGACUUAUUUGCCAUGUUUAUUGCGGCUAUUGUACAUGAUUUCGAACAUACAGGAACAUCGAAUAAUUUCCAUAUCCAAUCAAGAUCUGACGUUGCCUUAAUAUACAAUGAUCGUGCUGUACUGGAAAAUCAUCAUGUCAGUGCAGCAUUUCGGCUGAUGCGAAUGGAAGAAUAUAAUAUAGUAUCAGAAUUUACAUCGGAAGAAUAUAAAAACUUUCGGCACCUUGUCAUCGAAAUGGUGCUCGCCACAGAUAUGAGUUGUCAUUUUACACAAUUGAAAACGAUGAAAAGCCUUUUAAGCUUACCUGAAAAUGUUGAGAAAGCUAAAGCAUUGGCACUUAUUCUUCAUUGUGCUGAUAUAAGUCAUCCUGGUAAACCAUGGGAUAUUCAUCAUACCUGGACUCAAUCAUUAAUGGAAGAAUUUUUCAAGCAAGGUGAAAAAGAAAAAGAUCUCGGCUUACCUUGUUCGCCAUUGUGUGAUCGAGAGAAUACACUUAUUGCCGAAUCUCAAAUUGGUUUUAUUCAAUACAUUGUCGAACCAUCAUUUGUUGUUAUGGGUGAUAUGUUGGACAAAGUUCUUAAAUCGCUCGUUGUUUCUGAUUCUGAACUUUUAUCACCGUCGAUUCCAAGUAGAAGUUUGGUGUCAUCUCCUGUGCCUUCGGGAGAAUCAUCGGCUGAAUCAAAUGCUCAUCCUGAAGAACAAAAUGGACACGAAAAAAAAUUACCAUUAUCAAUGACAACACCAAUAUCUCGACCAACCACUGUACGAAGACCAUGGGCUGAUUAUCUCAAAUCUAAUCGAGACCGAUGGGUAAAAGAAGCAGAGGAAGAAAGACGUCGAAAAGAAUUAAAGGUUAUCGAAGAGGAGCCAUAA